ACACACAAGCACACACCCGCACACACAAAAACACCCACACCCACACACAUUAUCUCUCUCUCCCACUCACUCUCUCGUACACGCAGGCCAACUCACGCAAGCAUCCCCCACACACCGACACGCAGACCACACCAACACACACACCAACAGAAAGAGGCGUAUCUCAUUACCAUCCUCUUGAUGGUGCAGGCAGCAGGCUGUGCCGAGGGGAGCCGAGGAGAUCAGCAGACAGCGAGCGUUCGAGGCAGAGCGGAAGGAGAGGAAGAGAGUGAGAGAGGGGAGAAAACAAACAGAGCGCAAAGACCAACUCAUUAAGGGUGGCCAGCAGGAACUGUCGCGGCACAGAAAGGAAGCGGCGAAGGGAAGCAAGGAUCAGGCCAACACACACGACACAACAAGAUAACGGCAGACAGGCGAGCAGCCACUACAGCCCUCUGACUGUCAGCAGACACACAGAGAAGAGCCGAGCGAGGGAAGCCAGUGGACCGUCCGGCUUCUACAAGAGAGUGUGUGUGUGUGUGUGUGCGUGAGGCGUGUGUGUGUGUGUGUGUGUGUGCGUGUGUGACUGUGUUCAGUCUGAGCCUCCGUCGACCACGGAUCUCCUGAGGCCGUGGCAGGCAUGGCGUCGACGGAACCGGGUGCCCAGUCCAGGGUGAUGUUCCAGACGGUGGACAAGACGGAGGAGACGGCUGGCCACCGGUUGGGCAAGCUCACUGUCAAGUACAACCGCAAGGACCUGCAGAGACGGUUGGACAUAGAGGAGUGGAUCGACGGUCAGCUGCACCUGCUCUUUGACUGCGAGGCAGAGGAGAUUCCAGAGCUAGAGAUUGACAUAGACGAGCUCCUGGACUUGUCGGAAGAAGGCCAGAGGAGCCGGCUGCAGGAGUUGCUGCAGGAAUGUGGGAAGCCAAAAGAGGAAUUCAUCAACGGGCUGCUCUACAGGAUGAAGGGGCUGCGCAAGAUGUCAGGGACUCUGAAGAAAUAGACCCAUUCGAGACACGAAACAAGACACGCCUCUUUGUCCUCCAGCUCCUUAAACCGUUGAAUAAUGGCAUGUGUGGUGUACAUUUCGUGGGAUACCCCAGUCAGGGGGUCUCCCCCGCAUGGGGGUCCGCAGACAGCAGCAACAGACACUGUCAAAGCAGUCACUUUUGAUUAUCCAUUUUUUUUAUUUUAUUGUCGUAUUUAUAGACAGCGUUAACAUUUGGACUUCCUCAUAAACACCAAUAAUGCAACGCUGAGAAACGCGUAUAAACAUAAGCUGUUCAAUCCGACGGACUGGUUUCUGUGUAUGACUGUAAAUUUUUUCCCCGGUUGCCUAUUUAUGUAUAGAACUUCUUUUUUUGCGGGGGUUCUGAUUAUAGAGUUCAAUGUCAAAAUAAAAAAAAGAUUUUCA